CCCCAACAGCCGGGGCGAGUUCGGUCGCACUCCGCUGUGGCGAGCUGCGUUCCUGGGGCAGGAGGAGGCAGUGGGGGCGCUGCUGGAGGGGGGGGCGGACCCCAGGCUAGGCAACGACGGCGGCGAGCUGCCCGCCCACGUGGCGCCCCCCGCCCUGCGGCAGCGGCUGGAGGAGUGGGACACGGGGCGGACGGAGGAGCUGAGGCGCAAGUACGAGGAUGAUGUGCCCUGCUCGCUGGCCUCCCUUCCCGCUCCCUCCCGCUCCCAGUGGCUCCAUAGCCCUCCCUCCCGCACCCACCCAGACUGCUUUAUCGGGAAUCCUUCUUUUCCCCCUGCUUCCUGCUUCCCUUCCCAUCCCACUGCUCGCUGCGCACUGCUGACACCUCCACCCUGCCUAAUCCCAAACCCCUGGUCCAUCGUCGACACCCCGCAUCCCCCUCCCCUUUCUCCCCCCUUCCCCCCCACCCCCCAGUCCCUCCGCUCCGAGCGUCAGGGUGCGGUGGUGGCUGCUGCUGCUGCUGCGGUGCGGGGCGCGGAGGGGGAGGUGGCGGGGGCGGAGGAGGCGCACGGGCGGGCGCAGCAGGCGCUGAAACACGCACGCAUGGAGCUGGAGAAGCGCAUCCACGAGUACGACACGUGUGUGGAGGAGAAGAAGCCCGAGGGGCUGACGCAGG